AACAAUUUCUGUGAUCUGUGCAUAGUGUCAAUAACUUUUAAAUGUUUCAAAAAAUAAUAGAUUCUUUUAUCUCAUUAACAUGACUAAUCAAGAAAAGAAAAUUGAUUUUCGGGAUCUUUAUUUAUAUGAUAUGACACCACAUGAAACGGUGAUGCCAGUCCGAUCAAAGUACACAGCUAUCAUGGUUAUUUGAGGUUAAAAUGCUUUGUUUUUGGAUUUCCCUAAGUUUCGUUUGUAUUUUUUUUCCAAAGAGUUCAUUAUACGGUGCAAGUGCAAAUAAACAAAGUGAUGGUGGAACCUGCGGAAUCAACGCAACAGGUGGCAUUUUCUAACAACAACGAAACGUCGGUGAUAGUCCAAAACGUCACAAUGACAUCUCCAAAUGCAGACUCCGAUGCCACUCUAUCUACCGCAAGCGGGACCGGGUCUCUUGGGGGUUCCCCCGGUCUCAUCAACUCCCUUUCGCAAUCGGUGGUCGGCGGAGCUGGAAACGCCGCACUGGGGCAGUAUUGCGCAAUAUGUGGGGAUAGAGCGACCGGCAAACAUUAUGGGGCAGCUUCGUGUGAUGGCUGCAAAGGAUUUUUUAGACGGUCGGUGAGGAAGAACCACCUAUAUACAUGCAGAUUUAGUCGUAAUUGUGUAGUCGACAAAGACAAAAGAAACCAAUGCCGAUAUUGUAGACUGCGAAAAUGUUUUAAAGCUGGAAUGAAAAAAGAAGCCGUACAAAAUGAAAGGGACCGAAUAAGUUGUCGCAGACCCAGUUAUGAGGAAAAAAAUCAAAACAACGGACUAUCCGUUAGUUCUUUACUAAAUGCCGAAAUGUUAUCCAGACAGGUUGGAGCUGCGUUGGAACAAAUGGGAACAAAUACAAUAAACGAUUGCGAUUUGUCAAAUCGGCAACUAGCUAGUAUAGACGAUAUAUGCGACUCAAUGAAACAACAGCUACUUAUACUCGUUGAGUGGGCAAAGUACAUUCCCGCAUUUACCGAGCUACAGCUGGACGAUCAGGUGGCUUUAUUGCGGGCGCACGCCGGAGAACACCUGCUAUUGGGAUUAGCUAGGCGUUCCAUGCAUUUGAAGGAUGUUUUACUUCUUGGAAAUAAUUGUAUUAUAACCAAACAUUGUCCAGAUUUAAGUAUCGCAAGAGUGGGCACCCGUAUCAUGGAUGAACUUGUGAGACCUAUGACUGAAGUACAAAUUGAUGACACUGAGUUUGCUUGCUUAAAGGCUAUUGUCUUUUUUGAUCCCAAUGCGAAAGGUUUAAGUGAGCCUAACCAUAUCAAACAAUUACGCUAUCAAAUUCAGAUAAAUCUGGAAGACUACAUCAGUGACAGACAGUAUGACAGCAGAGGAAGAUUUGGCGAACUACUUUUAACUUUACCACCUCUGCAAUCAAUUACUUGGCAAAUGAUAGAGCAAAUUCAAUUUGCCAAAUUAUUUGGUGUGACCCACAUAGACAGUUUACUGCAGGAAAUGUUGCUGGGGGGUGGAAUGGAUAACAGCCCAACUCUGGUUGUCCCUGGUCAAGUGUCUACUAAUAUUCCUCAAGCAAUCAACAACAACACCAAUGGUUACCAUGGUGCGACAAGCGAUUCUACUGAUAGUCCAGUUACAUCGCCAUUAACAACACCAGGUAGCCCUGCAGACCAUUUGAUAAAUGGAAGAAAUGUUGCUAGCCCUCCAGUUGCAAGUAGUGGAAUCCUUAUUAUGAGAGACAUGGCUGCAAUAGACGAAUCAUAUGGUAUGGCAUUUAAGCCAGAACCAAUCAAAGAAGAGCAGCAUACUUAUUAGUAAUUUAAAAAAAAAAAUACAAAUUUAAAUUUUUUUUGAUAACUUUGUAGUCAAUGAAAUAAUCUUUGAAAGUGCCUUGCCAAAAAUAUUCUUUAUUCUGAUGUAACAUAAAUGCAAUUUAAGCAUGUGAUAAUAACAUUAUUUGACAAUAAUUCGUUGGUUCAUUUUUAUGAAGGAAAUUGUUAUUUAUUUUUGGGGGAUAUCUGCGAAAACUAAAAUGUAAUUGGCCGGCUAGUAGAAGUAAUAAAAAGUUUUUGCAGUUGUCUGAAUUGUGAGUAGUAUCACAAUAUGUUUAUUUAGAGUAAUAUAAGUUGUGUGGUAUUGCCAUGUUAUUAUACAAAAUAUUAUAUUGUUAUUAGUAUGGGCUAAAGGUGAAACAAAGUAUGUAAAUUUGUAGGAUUCUAUUUACUCAACCAUAUUGGUUAUAAAUUGUUAUAUUUUAUUUGUUAAAAAUAUAUCAUUUUGUUGACUUUUUAAUAUUUCCUGGAAAGGGUAUGGUUGUUGAUCGGAGAAAACUUGUAUACAUACCAGUAAGAUACAUUUUGUAUCCAUUAUUGUUAAAAAAUAUAAAACUUUGUGAAUGUU